AUGUGAUCUAGCAGGGUAAAGGUGGACUAUAAUUCCGUUCCGCUGACUGAUUCGACUCUGACAGCCACUCAGCGAAGUGCCUCAGACGCUUUACCCGAAUAAAUUUCCUCCCAGCCGGCCUCAACUUGACUGGGACCCCAGCUGCCAUGUCCAUCAUCCGGAAGAACUGGUCGGCUCUGUCCCGGCUUGCCCGCCAGUGGACAGUGGAGGAUGAAGAGGAAGUGGAAAGGGAGAGGAGGAGGAAGGAGAGGAGCUAUAGCAGCACUGACCCCGACAAUGACCUUUCACCUGGAAAUGACAUUUCACCUGGAAACGACCUUUCUCCCCGACACACCCCCGGAAACCAACCCACCAAUGACAAUGCUCCAAGCAUCACCAGUGCGGAGAUGCAGCUGGACUUUGAGGAGAUGCUCAGUGUUCGAGACGAGAGGAGGAGGAACAGACACAUAGAGACUCUCAGACGACAGAAAGGAGAGGAGGAGGGGAGAGAUGGAGGGGAGGAGGGGAGAGAGGGAGGGGAGGAGGGGAGAGUGGAGCUAUUGGGUGAUAUGGAGGAAGGGGGGAGACAGACACCUCCAAUAGACACCCCCAUCAAACCUUCACCCUCAACCCCACCCUCAUCCAUAUCUUCACCCUCAACCCCACCCUCAUCCAUACCUUCACCCUCAACCCCACCCUCAUCCAUAUCUUCACCCAUACCCUCAACCCCUACACCUACCAACCCCCUAGAAAGACAGCAGCAGAAUGGUUCCCAGGACCUAGGCCCAGACUCCAAACCUCCCUUCAAGUUUGUCAGUUCUCUGUCCAUCUCCUUUGAUAAGAGUCCCUCCCCCAGUGGGCAUACAAGUCCCAUGAGCCCCCAUUCUCCCACAACACCGCUGUCCCCCGCUAGAGGAGCUCAGAGCCCCACCCACUACGGACACACAGAGGGCAGUGUGAAUGGAUCCUCUGUUAGUUUGGAGCAGACAGCCAGACCAGCCUUCGCCAGACAGAGCUCUAGGACCGUCUCCUUCAGGAUGCUGAGGAAGAAAGAGGAGGAAAGCAUGCCUUUACAGAGGAGUGCCAGCGUCCGGAUGGCCUCCAAGACAUUUGAACCCAGUAGCUCGGACCAAACUGAGGAGCAGGACAAAGCAUCACCUUUCCAAAGGAAUUCCAAACAGAGGGUGUCAUCCCGUUCCAUCCAGGAGAAGAUGGAGAAACUGGCCCAUGCAGCUCAGAAGUCUGAGUCUCUGCGUUCUCCCGACAUUGCCCAGAGGACCCUGUUCCUGCUGGAUGAGGUUUCGAAGAAGAGAUGCCUAUUUGAAAAGGAUCAGGCAGCCGCUCCGUGCAGCUCUGGGGUUCUCAGACAGGAACCUCGCAGAUCCGCGUCUGGAAUCUCCGACCGCAUCAACCGCUGGGUCAGCAAGACCAACAGACCUGGUGGCUCCGCCCACAAACCCACGGAUCUGCAUCAUGUUAAUAUCCCCAGUAAGCGGGGUGCGUUUGAGAGUGCAGGGGAGGACAGCUCUCCUAACCCAAACCACCACACCAAGGUCGAUAAGUGAAGAAGGACUCAAUGUAAACCUUCAUUUUACAGUUCAAAAGUACAUACAGCUUGAGGUAGGGAGAAAGAAAGAUGUGGAGGAGGGGAGGAAAGGAGAGGUUAGAGGCAGGUGAUUAUUGCUUUAACACUUUUAAAGGUGACUGACCCUAACCCUGACCCUAACCCUAACCCUAACCCUGACCCUAGCCCUGACCCUAGCCUGAUUCAGGGAAUUUUGGGAUUGUAAUUUUAAUAAGGUGAAUCUUUCUGUAAUAAAAUGACUCUAAUAGCUAUGCCAAUGCUCUCUUAAUCUGUCUCAAACCUAACCCUAACCCUAACCCUAAUCCUAACCCUAAACCUAACCCUAAUCCUACCAUAUUAAAUCCCAUACCCCCUAACCCCUAAACAUAACUCCUAAGAAUGUGUCUAACCUUUAACCCUAAAUAAAACAUUUUAUAUCAACACUUUA